CCAGCACCGGCCCGGCCCCUUUUACGUUAUGUCCUCGAGGUUGGACCGGCUCCUACUUCUACUCGAUACAGGCUCUUCCACCUCUGUGAGGACCACCGCCGCCAAACAACUUGCACAACUUGCCGCAAAGAGUGUUAUAUCAGAUGUCGCCAUCGAAGAAGACGUCAAGGCACAUCGUCCCCAUCUUCCGCUCGGAGACAUCUCCGGGUGGCAAGAAUUAAUGUCGGUUAUUGCAAGGAUUCUUCCUAACCUUCAUUCCAAGUCGCAUGAGACGCGGUCUGCUGCUGCCGUCGCUCUCCAACACAUCUUUACUCUCGUUCCUCUUUGGCACCCUUGUCAAAGCUGUGAUGAAGAAGAUCCAGAUUGGACGAAAGUCCCCGCCGCUCAGCCCGAACCUGAAUUCCCUCAGUUCUCCGUAGAGGAGCUGAUCCAGAAAGGCACCCUGCUUCUUGCAUCCUCUGGCAAGGAGUUUGCGAAACGUAGUUUUUCUAGCCCAGAGGAGGUCAAGAAGGCUAGCAAUGAAGCUAUGCGCGGACUGGGACUCGACUUCAUGGUCUCCCUUGGUGCCGACGACGAUGGAAUGGAUAUCGAAGAUGAACUUGCCGCUGACGCUGGACCCGAUACAGAUCCGCACUCGAACAAUGGCGCAACGAAGGAAGAGGAAAUUUAUCUUGACUCACCUCUCACCCCGGUUGGCGAGUCGGCUUCGAACUUCAAUUUGAAGAAAGAGGCUUCACCUCUUACCGCAUCCCCAUCCACGACCCCGACUCGACAAUCGCCGAUACCGCCCGCCACGUCUUCGGCGGCACCACAACCUGGUACUUCUGCUUCACCUCCCGCAGAGACAAUGACAGCCAGCCUUUCAGCUCGCGAGAUGAACAGGCUCAAGCGCAAACGAAAGCAGGGAAAUUCCGCAUUUGUUCCCGCUCCGCCUCCUCCUGCUGCGGGUGCGAAAGUGCACGCAAUGGCUACCGGACCUGGAAAUAAAGCCCGCCUCGUAGCUGCAGAGGAUCAUCCGAAGCCGCAAUCUCGAUCAGAUAGCCCACAAAAUGCACAUGCGGGGCCCUCUACGGAGAAAGUCGUCGUCGAUCCCAUGAAAGGUGGCGCCGUUUCUCCGAAAACUGCAGGAUCGCAAUCCAAGGCCCUCGAAGUACAUCAUGGACAAUGGAUCUGGGACGGUCUUGUCAACGUUCUGGAGGUUGACAUCUUUAGUCCUGCGUGGGAAGUUCGUCACGGUGCUGCAAUGGCUCUUCGUGAGCUACUGAAGGCUCAGGGUAAGUAUGGUGGGACAAAAGCUGGUCUGAAACGCGAAGAGAACGCCAUCACGCACGAACGAUGGUGUAACCACCUUGCCGCAAAGCUUCUUUGCGUCUUCUGUUUGGAUCGCUUUGGAGAUUACGUGUCUGACCAGGUCAUCGCACCAGUCCGUGAGACGGUCUCUCAGACACUAGCCUCUCUCCUGCUCCACAUGCCGAAACGUUCCGUAUUGCACGUCCACGCCGUCCUCUUGCAAAUGAUUAGACAAGACUUCACGAUCACACUGCAAUCCCCGCCGCCACCGCCGCCGAAGGGUCGUCGUGGUGCGCAACAGAAGGAAAAAGGCAAAGAGAAAGGCCAUGUUUGGGAAGUUCGACAUGCCGGACUCCUUGGUAUCAAGUAUGAGGUCGCCGUACGGAGCGAUGUCGUGGAGGAUUCCCUGAUGAAGCAGGAUGCUAAGGAGGUCAAGAUGGAAGAAGCCGAUACUGCUGGACUUCCGAGUGGAAAGGAGGUAUUGCAGGGCGUCGUAGAUGCCGCAGUGCUUGGGCUCGGAGAUCGCGACGAUGAUGUGCGUUCUGUGGCGGCUAAUUGUCUGCUGCCUGUAGCCACACACCUGGUCCGCCAACUGCCAGACCGUCUAAGCCUCGUUUUGGCAGUCCUGUGGAGCUGCCUCAGCGACAUGAAGGAUGACCUGAGUUCAAGUGUUGGCGCUGUCAUGGACCUGCUAGGUAAACUCGUGUCCUACGAGGAGGUCAUCUCCGUUCUGGCCAAUGAAUCUUCGUCACGACCUCUCACACAGCUUGCGCCCACUCUGUUCCCCUUCUUCCGCCACACAAUUCCUACCGUCCGUUUAGCCGUCGUCGAGACUCUUCACUCUUUCAUGAACGUGCCUACGCUCCCAAAGGACUGGGUUUCGACGCCUUUCCUUCGCCUCCUCUUUCAGAAUCUCAUCGUCGAAGAACGACAAGACAUCCGUGACUCUACGGUCGCUAUGUGGCGAACUUCGAUCGGACUUCUUCAUAUGAACCAAGGCCUAUUAGAAACGACUGUGGACCAAACACUUUUGUACGACUGGUUCGGAAUCAUGAUGACACCGCUUGGUACUCCUCUUAAUCCGGCAUCUUUCUACAAUCCGGUGGUCGACGGGACUGAUCUAGACUCGACGGAGAGACACAAUGUGGACAGGAAUAUGAUUGCUGGAGAUCUCAUCCUCGUAUCUCAAGAUACAAUCUGGAAGGCCCGUAUAGCGUCAGCUUCUGCCUUGGCGUUCAUCAUGGCACAUUGGGGCCCGACGAUCCAGGACGUCGACGAAGCCUUCUCAACUAUCCUCCUCCACUACAUAGGCUCGACCAGUAUGCUUCAGGCCGUUCUAGCCGCAAUAAUCGCAGAAGAAUGGGCCUUACAGCACUCCGCUAUGGCUCCUCCUUCCAGCCCUCUUCUCAUCGAACUUUCCCCCUUUGCGCGCGAGCUCAGCCAUCGCACUCUCGCUUGGCUACAGGCCCCACCUCCGGCUACAUAUCACGAAAUGCUUCCUCUCUUUGCUCGCAUUCACACCGAAUGCAAUGGCCUCAUGACAUCCUUCGUUACGGACUGCAAGGUCUCCAAGGCCAGUCUCCCGUUGAUGAGCCCCGACUACGACGCCACCGGCAUGAAAGAGGGCAGUUUCUCCCUCGAAGAUGCUCGCGCUAUCGUUGGCAGGGAGUUUACGAGGCUUAAGGAUAGUUUGGGCAGGACAAAGAAGAGGGAGUUGGCCCAUCUGGCAGAUAAGAGGAAGUCGGUGGAGGCGAGUAUCAAUCGGUAUGAGGAGAUUAAGGAGCAGAAUGACGUUAGGGUGGCGGCGGCGUUUGCAGCUGCAUUCGUGGCUCUGAAGACGACACCGGACAAGGUCACCCCUCUUGUAAAGGGCGUCAUGAACGGGAUCAAGGGUGAGGAGAAUGUCGAUCUCCAGACUCGCUCAGCGGUCGCCGUUGCCGCCUUCGUGGAAUUCUGUGCACUUCACAACCUCCCUCAGCCACCAGCGAAGAUCGUCACGAACCUCUGCACGUUCCUGUGCCAGGACACUCAGCAGACACCGCCCUUUGUUGCCAUGAGGAAACACCUAUCUGGGAUACUGUCCUUCCAGACCAAGACGGUGGACGAGGCAGCGAAGAUUGAGACUGGGCAGGUAGGAGGGCUCAGCGCGAAACUGUCUAGAAGGGGCGCGGGAAUCGCUUUCAAGGAGCUCUCCGCCAAAUUUGGGUCAGAGUUGCUGACUACCAUCCCGAAGAUGUGGCAAGCUAUGGCUGGUGGUAUCUUGAGUGCUUGCGAAACCGACUCACCAGAAAAGAUGGACAACCUCAUCGAGAAGCAGUUUGGUCAAGACGUUAUCGACUCUCUCAGCGUUUUGGAGGCUGUCGUACCCACUCUGCACCAUGAGCUCUGGCCACAGCUUCGCGAACUCUUCCCAUUGAUCAUCAUGGCCCUUCGUAGUCGCUUUGCUAUCAUUCGUCAGGCUGUUGCUCGCUGUUUCGCCACGAUCUGCGACGUUAUGACAGUCGACGCCAUGCGCCAUGUCAUCGAAGUUGUCAUUCCUUUCCUCGGCGAUACCAUGAAUCUAGCCAAUAGGCAGGGCGCCACGGAACUCGUUUACAAUAUUGUCCAGAAGCUGAAUGACAAGGCGCUACCCUAUGUCAUCUUUCUCAUUGUUCCAGUCCUCGGUCGCAUGAGUGAUCCUGAUGAUGAUAUCCGCUCCACGGCUACCAAUACGUUCGCCGCAUUGGUGAAGAUGGUGCCACUCGAGGCUGGAUUACCAAGCCCUCCUGAGUUUUCCGAAGAGCUCCUCAAGCGGCGGGAUGAAGAGCGACAGUUCUUAACUCAGCUUUUGGAUGGCAGCAAGGUCGAGCCGUAUCAAAUACCGGUGCACGUUGAGGCAGAGCUGCGUCCGUACCAGCAGGAUGGCGUCAACUGGCUUGCUUUCUUGGCCAAGUACCAAUUGCAUGGUAUCCUUUGUGACGACAUGGGCCUUGGCAAGACACUCCAGUCUAUCUGCAUCCUUGCGAGCAAGCACCACGAACGCAACGAGCGAUACAAGCAGACCAAGUCUCCCGACUCUGUUCACGUCCCAUCCCUUAUCGUCUGCCCACCAACUCUGACUGGCCACUGGUUCUACGAGAUCCAGAAGUACGUCAACAAUCUCAAGCCGAUCAUGUACACGGGGAACGCGCGCGAACGGAACAGAAUGCUCCCAAAGUUGAAGAAAUACGACGUCGUCAUCACCUCGUACGAAGUCGUCAGGAAUGAUAUCCACACGCUGCAGGAGAUGAAUUGGCAUUAUUGCAUUCUUGACGAGGGCCACAUCAUCAAGAAUGCGAAGACGAAGCUUACGAAGGCGGUCAAGUCUAUCCGAGCACAUCACCGUCUUAUCCUUUCAGGAACACCGAUCCAGAAUAAUGUCCUCGAGUUGUGGUCGCUCUUUGACUUCCUGAUGCCUGGAUUCCUGGGCUCAGAAACAUUCUUCAACGAGCGAUACAGCAAGCCGAUCUUGUCGAAUAGAGAUGGAAAGUCGAAGAAUAGCGAGGCCGCUGCUCUUGCCUUGGAGGCUCUACACAAACAAGUUCUUCCAUUCGUCCUCCGUCGCUUGAAGGAAGACGUUCUUCACGACCUUCCACCGAAAAUCAUACAGGACUACUUCUGUGAACUCUCAGACGUCCAGAAACAGCUUUACGACGACUUCUCACAAUCUAAAGCCAGAGUGGAAGCUGAGGAUGCCAUCAAGUCAUCGAGCGCUGUGGCCAAGUCAGGCAAGGGUGGCGAGAAGCAGCAUAUCUUCCAGUCGCUGCAGUAUUUGCGCAAGCUCUGCAACCAUCCCGCUUUGGUACUGAAAGGCGAUAUAGACGCUUUCAAUUCCGCUUUGACGAAGAUCGGCCACAAACCGGAGAGCACUAGCGUCAGCGAUAUCCAACAUGCACCCAAGUUACUGGCUCUUCGUCAACUACUCGUCGACUGUGGGAUCGGAGGCUCGCCCGCAGGUGUGGCCGAGGUGACGAAGAGCGAACUCGCCGAUGCCGAAUCUUCAGCGAGCGGCGCUUUCUCGCAGCAUCGCGUGCUCAUCUUCUGCCAGAUGAAACAGAUGCUAGAUAUCAUCGAGAGCGACCUGUUCAAGAAGUAUAUGCCCUCAGUAACCUACAUGCGUCUAGACGGCAACACGGACUCGAAGAAACGGCACGCUAUCGUGCAGACGUUCAAUGCGGACCCGAGCAUCGAUUGCCUUCUUCUCACUACGCAAGUCGGAGGUCUCGGUCUCACGCUGACGGGAGCGGACACCGUCAUAUUCGUCGAGCAUGAUUGGAAUCCCAUGAAAGAUCUCCAGGCUAUGGAUCGCGCGCACCGCAUUGGUCAGAAGAAAGUCGUCAAUGUCUACCGGUUGAUUACGAAGGGCACGUUAGAGGAGAAAAUCAUGGGCCUGCAGCGAUUCAAGCUCAACAUCGCCAACUCUGUCGUUACUCAGCAAAACUCUGGUCUGUCCUCAAUGGACACAGACCACGUUCUCGAUUUGUUCAAUCACUCGUCUACUAACGAAGCUCCGAAGAAGGAAAAGGAAGGAGGGGCGGGUAUUUCCAAGAACAUCUUAGAUGGGUUAGAGGAUCUUCCAGGGGAAGAAGAGUACCAAGACCUCGACAUGUCGAGUUUCAUGGGCUCUCUUGGGCGUUGAGAUGUCGAUACUUCUACAAGCCAUUUACGUCCAUAUGUUUAUUCACUUGCAUCAUCUUUUCCUUCGUUUUUCUAUAUUUCUUGCAUGCCUAUACGACGAUUUCAUUUCUGCCACGAUAUGCUACGUCCCAUAACAAGCCAUUACAUGAUGUUAUUGUAAAGUUUCUGUCCGAAUAAUACGUCUGCACAUACGAAGCUACCUAGUCAGGAACUCUGCACUACUUCCUACAAUCGCUAUGUACGCAUAAGCCAUAAAAACGUCAUCGCAUGAUGCAAGGGUCCGUAAGUCCGUCAUCUGCAUGAAAGUCGUGAAAGAAACCAGGGUUAGAAAAGGUAAUACGGGCCACCCGCUCUAACGUUUCGACGAUUUCGAUGAGGAAGAUGAUGUCGAAGCCAUUGAGGAGCCACCAAAGCUAGCCCUAUGACCACUACCGCUCCUACUGCCCCAACAAUAGCACCUGCUAGUGCUUUGGGAUCCACACCCUUGGAAGAGGAUGUACUGUCUCCUGAAGAGGACGAAGGUGAAGGUGAAGUCGACUGUGAUGAAGAGGUCGUUGAUGUAGACGUCGCGUUCGUCAGGCACGAUGCAUCGUUGCCCGUGGUGAUGAAGAACGGGGUGGACUGAGCGAACAGAGAGACGACUUGCAAUGAGUCGAAAGCGGCGACAGUAUAUGCUCCUUCACCGAUAUCUACGGGAUCCCAGGUGAACGAGUUCGCAAUAGAAGGAAGAUCGGUUGUGAGUGUGAGGUUUGAAGUGAG